CCCAGGCCCAAGUUUAUAUUAAUGGGCCCACAACUCAAUUUUCCUCCCCCAUUUCUCUCGCUCGUUUUCCGCUCCGCCUCGUCGCUUGGAUUUUCGAUUUCCGAUUUUCGAUUUCGCAGGGAAGAGGAAGGGCGAGAGAUGUACACGCUCCGGAGAUGCCCUCUUCUCCUUCGCCACCAAAACCCUAAUCUCUUCUUCACGGGGACGACGAUCCGGGCCUUCUCUUCCUCCUCCUCGGAUCCCUCCUCUCUCAAGAGAUCCGCCGCAUCCCUCCUCGAUUCUCUCUCCCUCAAGCAAGGUCAAACAUUGGUGCAGAAUUGCGGAGAUAGCGAUAUCGGAAAAAUUGUAGUCGAAUUGGCGAAGGAACGCAAGCUUCAGACUAUCAGCAUAGUCGGCGACAAACCUGGUACUCCUGAUAUAAUUGAAGAGCUGAAGGCCCUUGGCGGGGAUAUUGUUGUCCCGGAAAGUUACACGAAGACAUGGUACAUGAAGCGUCUAGUGAGGGAAAUGAGCCCUUCAGUGGGUAUAAACUAUAGUGAUGGUUACCAGGCCACUGCUGUUGGCAAGGCGGUGGCAGACGGAGGAACUUUGGUUUCCUACAAGAAGCAGCUCCCAAAGCAUGUCGUUUAUGAUGGAGCCACUCGCAAAGCUAUUGAAUGGGAUGCAUUCACAAAGGAGAAGAAGCUUAAAGUUCUAAACCUUUAGGCUUUCCUUUUAUUUUCUGUAUUUUUUUAAUGCAAGGAAGACUCAGAUUUUUUUCCUCUUCCUCUGUGUUGAACUCAUCAACUUUUGCUUUGAAUAAGUAGAUUGAACUUGUUUGUGCCGAACAAUUCAGGCUGUGCGGAACAAUUCAGGCUGUUGCAAUGUGUGAAAUAUAUAAUUUACAAGAAUUAAUGAAGUCUUGUACGGGAAACUUGUAUGUGCAACUCAAGCUAUUUGCUGAAGGUCGCUUCUUAAUUUCAAAA